CCUCUCAACAGGCACAAUUGAAAAUGUGUGUCUCUUCCUUCCCUCUAGACAACCAUGGACCACUUCAGCUCCAAGGACAUGGCGUUGAGCGCGCAGAAGAAGAUCCUCAGCCGCAUGGCCACCAAGAGCUCGGUCCAGAUGUUCAUCGACGACACCACGAGCGAGAUCCUGGACGAACUGUACCGCGUCUCCAAAGUCUACUCGGGGAACAAGUCGGAGGCGCAGAAGGUCAUCAAAGACCUGGUGAAGAUCGCCGUGAAGAUCGGUUUGCUGUUCAGGAACAACCGCUUCAGCACGGAGGAGCUGGGGAUCGCCACGGAUUUCAAGAAGAAGCUGCACCAGGGGGCCAUGACGGCUAUCAGCUUCUACGAGGUGGAUUUCACCUUCGAUAACGGGGUGAUGUCAGAACUCCUGACCAGCUGCAGGGAUCUGUUGUUGAAGCUGGUCAACAGCCACCUCACCCCCAAAUCCCACAACCGCAUCAACCACGUGUUCAACCAUUACUCCGACCCCGAGCUCCUGACCAAACUGUACGACCCCAGCGGCACCUUCAGACCCAACCUCACGAAGAUCUGCAAAGGACUCGACAAACUCAUGGAGGACGGGACAAUAUGACGUCAAAACAAAACAAAAAAACAAUCAAAUGUCACACAGACACUGGGAGAUCAACAGACUCACAUGAGACUCAGAACUGUUGGACACAUUUUGGUCUUACUGCUGCUGAGGAAUGGCAACGUAAAACAAGUGAUUUGAGAACAAAUGACGCGCCAUCGUUCUCGAAGAACAUGCGGGAUGAGGAUGAUUGACUCAUUCCUCAAGUGUUCUGUGUUCAGAGGUGAUAUACUGUUUAAUUGUGAUGUAUACUUAGACAAAAUAACUUGAACAUAAACUAGUUUAUACUGUAUCGGCUGUUUUUAUUAGAUAAUGAAAUGUCAUUAGAUGCUUGAUAUUUGAGACCUUGAAAUGUUUCUUUGAGAACUACUGAUGUUGGGUAUUCAGGAGAGAUGUUAGCAGCUGGAAAUAUUGCAUGGAGAGGACAGACAGGGAACAAUGCCACUGUAAUACAACACUGCCAUCUGGUGGUGAAGACGCCGCUUCAUUGUACUGUAUUUCCCAAAGCUUCCGGAAGCCA